AUGCCUCAAAUUAGUGAACGGGUGGAGCGUAUAGGGCAAGCGAAAUUUAUUUCAACCCUGGAUCUGUCAAAAGGGUAUUGGCAGAUCCCUUUACGAAAGGAAGAUCAGCCAAAGACGGCAUUCGGUACCCCCUGGGGUCUCUUUGAAUUCAAGAGAAUGCCCUUCGGGCUUAGUGGGGCCGCAGCCAUAUUUCAAAGAUUGAUGGACUGGCUCCUCGCCCCCCACCAAGGGUAUGCCGCUGCAUAUAUAGACAAUAUCGUCAUCUAUACCGAGACUUGGGAGCAGCAUUUAAAGGCUCUCCGCGCCAUUCUGCUCGAGCUAAGGCAACUGGGAUUAACGGCCAACCCCAAGAAAUGUGCCCUGGGCAAGGAAGAGACUAAGUAUCUGGGGUUCGUAGUGGGGCAAGGCUGGGUGAGGCCCCUCGCGGAUAAAGUGGCUGCCAUUAGAGAAUACCUGGCUCCCACAACCAAGAAGCAGAUGCGCGCCUUUUUGGGGCUAGCCAGCUAUUCUAGGCGAUUUAUCCCCAAGUUUGCUGAAAUCGCCAGCCCCUUGGUGGAAACAACUAAAGGCAGGCAAGUGGGAAACAUCGAGUGGAAUGAAGAGCAGCGACGAGCUUUUGAAGAAUUAAAAGGAGCUCUUUGCCAGGAGGUGACUCUACAUACACCCAAUUUUGCCCUCCCAUUUACAUUACAGACUGAUGCAUCGGCCUACGCCCUUGGAGCUGUCCUGUCGCAGGAGGUGGAUGGACUGGAACGUAUAUUAGAAGUAAUAAAAAAUCUCUGCUAUAGCAAACCCACAGUUUAUGAGCAACUAGGAAGACCUCUAGUAGCCAAUAGAAGAGCUGUACUGAUUGGGUUUGCACAGAUCAGGGGGUUCUCCUCGGUGGUGGCUCUGGGGGCCAGCAUCAUCUGUAACAAGAUCCCGGGGCUCGCUCCGAGACAGAGGGCGAUCUGCCAGAGCAGACCCGAUGCCAUCAUCGUGAUCGGAGAAGGGUCGCAAAUGGGAAUCAACGAGUGUCAAUUCCAGUUCCGAAACGGGCGCUGGAACUGCUCCGCCCUGGGAGAACGGACUGUGUUUGGAAAAGAGCUGAAAGUGGGUAGCAGAGAAGCAGCAUUCACAUAUGCCAUCAUUGCUGCUGGAGUUGCACAUGCGAUCACUGCUGCUUGUACACAGGGAAACUUGAGCGACUGUGGUUGUGACAAAGAAAAACAGGGACAAUACCAUAAAGAGGAAGGAUGGAAAUGGGGAGGCUGCUCUGCUGAUAUUCGGUAUGGAAUAGGUUUCGCCAAAGUAUUUGUGGAUGCAAGGGAGAUUAAACAGAACGCAAGGACUCUCAUGAACUUACACAACAAUGAGGCAGGCCGUAAGAUUCUUGAAGAAAAUAUGAAAUUAGAGUGCAAAUGUCAUGGAGUAUCUGGAUCUUGUACUACUAAAACAUGCUGGACAACCCUUCCUAAAUUCCGGGAGCUGGGCUACAUCCUUAAGGACAAAUACAAUGAAGCAGUUCAGGUUGAACCAGUGAGGGCAAGUCGAAACAAGCGUCCAACCUUCCUUAAAAUAAAGAAGCCGUUGUCCUACCGCAAACCGAUGGAUACAGAUUUAGUGUACAUAGAAAAGUCUCCAAAUUACUGUGAAGAAGACCCUGUCACUGGCAGUGUGGGAACACAGGGAAGAAUGUGCAACAAAACAGCUCAGCAGUCCAAUGGCUGUGAUCUGAUGUGUUGUGGUCGAGGCUACAACACUCACCAGUACUCAAGAGUAUGGCAGUGCAACUGUAAAUUUCAUUGGUGCUGCUAUGUUAAGUGUAAUACCUGCAGUGAAAGAACAGAAGUGUACACCUGUAAAUGAAAGUGUGGCUGGGGAGGAUGACUAGCUAGAUCCCUGGGAAUGAAUACAUUUGCACAUGAGUUCAACAUACCUACGCAAGACUGUAGCAAAAAAAACUUGCUCUCUUCCAGAACAAAAGAUAACAAACAAAUUUCUAUCUUUUCUGCUUGUAUUUCAGUGCUUAUGUGGAUACACAUUUAAGACCUGUACAAAUCAGCCAAAAAAGAACAAAAAAUAAGCAAGUCACCUACCACACAGAACAAGAAACAGAAAUCAUCUCAAGUAAUCUGCACUUCUAAAGCUUAAUGCAUUGACUGCUGUAUGAAAGGAACAUGAGUCAAAUGAAAAAUCUUUAAGUUUGGAAACUGCUUUUGUUUAGAAAAAGAUGGUUAAAUAUACAAGUAUCCAUAAAUAAGGGGGCAGGGUAGGGUGGGAGAAAUGAAACAAAACCUUAAAAAUGGCCUUUGCACAGAAUGGGGUGGACAAUACCCCAGUGUGGAUUGCUACUGAAGAGUGUGGAGUAUGCAGAUUUAGGUUUCUACAGUUUUGAAAAGCUUCUGCUGGUCUUGCCUAUCUUUCCAUUUCACACAGUUUGCUACAGCAAGUAGAACUGUUGACAUUUUUCCAUAGACACUGGUUUAUCUGCUUUCUUUUUUUUUUUUGUGCUGCAGAUUUUAGCACAGGGAUUGGGACAUCUGGGCAGAAUAAUAGCAAUAUUUAACAAUUUAUUCAGAUAACUAAUAUUAAUUUAUUUAAUUAAAGAAGAACUCUACCAACAUUUUUGGAACUAUUCUGCAAUUAAAGUAGAUAGCUUGCUUUCUUUGUGGAAUAAUUUUGUAGAUACGGCAAGGAAAAAACUGGAGCUGUAUAUAUUAUUCUUUACUUGGAUAUUUCUACUAGUUGGAUUUGCAGGAUAUUUUCUGCAGUACUAGAUGUUUAAGUACAAAGGCAGGCAUCUUUUAUAUAUUUUUUGCUGUUUGCUGCUAGUUGUCUGGAAACAUCAACCUGGUAAAGAUUAUAUCUUUACUAAUACUCUUUUUUUCCAAUUAAAAAGGAGCAUAAUGAAAAUCCACUUUGGAAUACAUCAAAAAUAAAUAUGAAACUCCAGACAAACUUCCACAUUUUGGAAAAUGAACCAUAGGAUAAGAGAGUAUAUUUUGUAAGAGACUAUUUUUAUAUGAAUAUUUUAUUUAUACUAUGUCUGCUUGUAUAAUUCUAUAACCUGUACUUUUUCUCAGAACAGGCAUUCAAUUUGUAACUCUUAGGCUAUUUAACAGAGAAAGGUUGAUUAGUUUGUGGACUGAACAGCAGCAAGACUGGAUACAUUCAGCUGUGGUUAGUAGAUGUGUCAAAAAUGCAGAAUGAACUCUCUCUCCGGAUGUGUGUACAAACUGGCUUUUUUCUGUAGUUCAAUCUGCAGAAUAUGCAAAACAAGAACAGGGUAUGUUGCAUCAGUUUUGUCACAUGGCUUGAAUUCAUGGUUGGUAUUAACUGAAUGCUCAUUUAUCCCAUUCAGAAAAAAAAAUCUGAAUUAGCUUCCCACAUGCGUCAGUCAUUAAACUGUGGCAUUAUGACUAGCAAAUGUGCUGUGUGUGCUGUCAGUUAAAUCUCUAUAUUGUGUUACUGUCAAAUUUGAUUUUAUCAAUGGAAGACUGUAGACUAUGACUGUAAAAACUAACAUGACACACAUUGUCUGAUUCUCACAGAUAAGAUACAAACCUUACAAUUUUGUCCAACAGUUUUUGGCAUUUGCCUUGUUCUUUCCCCAAAAAGUCUUGAGUUAUAAAGCCCAAACCACAUGUAGUCAAACCUUAAACAACCUGUUUUUCCAAAGCCCCAUUAAGGUCUCCUGUGUCCUCUGUUUGCUUCCUUUCUUAGUGCCUCCCGUUUCCCCAAACAUUUGCAAGUAAAUAAGUAUUCCUCCCAUUUAGAAUCUUUCUGCUCCUACCUAAUCCUUUUGGGGCCUGACCAGACAGUUGUGCUUUCUAUGGUGAGUUUCCUUGGGUAAGGAACUGAGGCUGGGACUCUUAACUGCUAUGGCAUGUUCCACAGUUUGGGACAGGGCAAGCUCUUCCAUAGGUGAGAAGUGCAAGAUCAUACCCACUCCAGUAAUUUGAGAGGGCAGACAAAAAGGGAAACCAACAAAUUCACUAGUUAUCUGUGUUCCUCAGUGACUCCCACUGAGAGCAAUACAUAUUGGCAUGAAUAGAGAAUAAGCAGAUUAGCAAUGGGUCUGAUCCAUUGACUUAACUGGAGGUUUUGCUUUUGUUAGAACAGCCAGACUGGGACCCGUGCUGAGAAAAGGAAAAAUGGAAGCAUUACAAGCCCUUUUAUGGGAUUCUGGUCCAGUAAUGUAUUUUUUAGAAGUUGCCUCAAUGUGGCCUGGUUUUUUUUUUAUCCCUCUCAUUAAAAAUAAAAAAAAUAAAAAAGGAAAACCCCCAAACCAUGCAAUACCUGCUCCUCACAAGGUACAAUUAUGAUUGAAUACAUAGUGUUUCUUUCCAAACCUACUACUCACCACAUAAUAUGUAGUUUCACAGUAAUUCAAAUACCAGUGUGAGAUAUCAAAGUAAAAGUCAGAUAAAAUUAACACAGUUUACUUUCAAGCUUAUGACUUGUCAUUAUUGAAUCGUUUUAAAGUAGUAUAUUAAAAAAUGAGUUUAUACUUUUGGAUUUCUAAAUUCUGUGUACUAAAGCUCAAUAAUGAAACAUAAAACUCAAUAAAACAUGCAAUGUGGAGGUUAAUUACAAUUGUACAAUCUGGUUUAAUAAUGCACAUCUCUGACAUAUUUGGCUGAUUUUUUUCUUUAAUAAUAUUCAUUGGUUUUCCCUAUCUGGAUACACACCACAGUUGUAAGUUUGUCAUUCUUCACUGAUUACUGCUACUUUAUGAAGUGUUAAUUUUGCAGUAUGUUUUUUUUUCAACCAUAGGAAAGUGUUCUGUAAAACUGCUGCUUCUUGUAUAUUUUGAUGCAUAGGUGAUGCACAGUGUACAACUAGCACAUUAACUCUUAAAGGUCAGAUUUCUUUAAACAGUUUUACUCAAUAAUAAAGAACUGGAUACACAA